UCAGCGGGCCGAAUUGAAGCAACUUCCUUUUCUCUUUCCCUACUUCCUCUCUCUGCCUCCGCCUCCGUGAAGCUCCUUCCCUCUCCGCAGCCGGUCCGAAGUGAGGCAUGAGAGUCCCGCCGAGGUCUACGUGAAUAACCGCCGGGAGCCGCGCGCCCCUAGGCGUGAGCCCAGGCGAGGUCCGACUCAGAUCGUCGCUUAGGUCCAUGCCUCGUCCUGGAGCUCGAGUCGGGAGCCAGCCGGGUGUAGUUUGGUGAUGGCCGGGUUUUUCGCGAAAGGACCUUAGCAUCCGUUCCGCCCCGUUCGAGCCUCAGAACCGCAGUCAGGAAAGCGGCUGCCCUCUUGUGCCGAGAUGUCGGGCAUCGGAAGCAAAAGAGCUGCUGGAGAGCCAGGCACAUCUGUGCCUCCAGAGAAGAAGGCAGCUGUCGAAGACUCAGGGACCACUGUGGAAACAAUUAAGCUAGGGGGUGUCUCCUCAACGGAGGAGUUAGACAUUCGAACACUGCAAUCCAAAAACCGUAAGCUAGCAGAAAUGCUAGAUCAGAGACAGGCCAUUGAAGAUGAGCUUCGGGAACACAUUGAAAAACUGGAGCGACGCCAGGCGACUGACGAUGCCUCGCUGUUGAUUGUGAACCGGUACUGGAGCCAGUUCGAUGAAAACAUUCGUAUCAUCCUUAAACGUUAUGACCUGGACCAGGGUUUGGGAGACCUACUCACAGAAAGGAAAGCCCUGGUUGUGCCAGAACCAGAACCCGACUCUGACAGCAAUCAGGAGCGCAGAGAUGACCGUGAGAGAGGGGAAGGGCAAGAGCCAGCUUUCUCUUUCCUUGCUACCUUGGCCAGCAGUUCCAGUGAAGAGAUGGAAUCGCAGCUUCAGGAGCGGGUGGAGUCCUCUCGCCGUGCUGUGUCCCAGAUUGUGACUGUCUAUGAUAAGCUGCAAGAAAAAGUGGACCUCUUAUCCCGGAAGCUGAACAGUGGAGAUAACCUGAUAGUGGAGGAAGCAGUGCAGGAGCUGAACUCCUUCCUUGCGCAAGAGAAUAUGAGGCUCCAGGAGCUGACAGACCUCCUUCAGGAGAAGCACCACACCAUGUCUCAGGAGUUCUGUAAGCUGCAAGGUAAAGUGGAGACAGCCGAGUCACGAGUGUCUGUCUUGGAGUCAAUGAUUGAUGACCUGCAGUGGGAUAUUGACAAAAUUCGAAAACGAGAGCAGCGGCUCAACCGACAUUUGGCUGAAGUCCUAGAACGGGUGAAUUCAAAAGGCUAUAAGGUAUAUGGAGCAGGGAGCAGUCUCUAUGGCGGUACAAUCACCAUCAAUGCCCGGAAGUUUGAGGAAAUGAAUGCAGAGCUGGAAGAGAACAAAGAGUUGGCUCAGAACCGACACUGUGAGCUAGAGAAGCUUCGUCAAGACUUUGAAGAGGUCACCACACAGAAUGAAAAGUUGAAGGUGGAGUUGCGGAGUGCAGUGGAAGAAGUGGUUAAGGAAACCCCAGAAUAUCGCUGCAUGCAGUCACAGUUCUCUGUCCUGUACAAUGAGAGUCUGCAGUUGAAAGCCCACUUGGAUGAGGCUCGGACCCUGCUUCAUGGCACCCGGGGAACUCACCAGCGCCAGGUUGAGCUCAUUGAGCGAGAUGAAGUUAGUCUGCAUAAGAAGCUGAGAACUGAAGUAAUUCAGCUGGAGGAUACCUUGGCCCAGGUCCGCAAGGAGUAUGAAAUGCUGAGGAUAGAAUUUGAGCAAACCCUUGCUGCCAACGAACAAGCAGGUCCCAUAAACCGGGAAAUGCGCCACCUCAUUAGCAGCCUCCAGAAUCAUAACCACCAGCUGAAGGGGGAAGUCCUGAGGUAUAAGCGGAAGCUGAGAGAGGCACAGUCCGACCUAAACAAGACGCGUCUGCGCAGUGGCAGUGCCCUCCUGCAGUCUCAGUCUAGUACUGAGGACCCCAAGGAUGAACCCACAGAGCUAAAGCAAGAUUCUGAGGACCUGCCCACUCAUCCUGCAUCGAAGGCAUCUCAGGAGGAUGCCAAUGAAGUUAAAUCUAAACGGGAUGAAGAAGAAAGAGAACGAGAAAGGAGGGAGAAAGAAAGAGAGCGAGAACGAGAACGAGAAAAGGAAAAGGAGAGAGAACGAGAGAAACAGAAACUGAAAGAGUCAGAAAAAGAAAGAGACUCUGCUAAGGAUAAAGAGAAAGGGAAACAUGAUGAUGGAAGGAAGAAAGAAGCAGAAGUUAUCAAGCAGCUGAAGAUUGAACUCAAAAAGGCACAAGAGAGCCAGAAGGAGAUGAAGCUGCUGCUCGAUAUGUAUCGCUCUGCCCCCAAGGAGCAGAGAGACAAAGUGCAGCUAAUGGCAGCUGAGAAGAAGUCGAAGGCUGAGUUGGAGGAUCUCAGACAAAGACUCAAGGAUCUGGAGGAUAAGGAGAAGAAAGAAAACAAGAAAAUGGCUGACGAGGAUGCCCUGAGGAAGAUCCGGGCAGUGGAGGAGCAGAUUGAAUACCUUCAGAAGAAGCUGGCUGUGGCCAAGCAGGAGGAAGAAGCUCUCCUCUCUGAGAUGGAUGUCACAGGACAGGCCUUUGAGGACAUGCAGGAGCAGAACAUCCGUUUGAUGCAACAGUUGCGGGAGAAGGAUGAUGCAAACUUCAAGCUAAUGUCAGAGCGAAUCAAAUCCAAUCAGAUCCAUAAGUUACUUAAAGAGGAAAAGGAGGAGUUGGCUGACCAGGUUUUGACGCUGAAGACUCAGGUGGAUGCCCAGUUACAGGUAGUAAGGAAACUGGAAGAGAAGGAGCACCUGCUUCAGAGUAACAUCGGCACAGGGGAGAAGGAGCUGGGCCUUAGGACUCAGGCCUUGGAGAUGAAUAAACGCAAGGCAAUGGAGGCAGCCCAGCUUGCAGAUGACCUCAAAGCCCAGCUGGAACUGGCUCAGAAGAAGCUCCAUGAUUUUCAGGAUGAAAUCGUGGAGAACAGUGUCACCAAAGAAAAGGACUUGUUCAAUUUCAAACGAGCACAGGAGGACAUAUCUAGGCUCCGAAGGAAGCUGGAGACCACCAAAAAGCCAGACAAUGUGCCCAAGUGUGAUGAGAUUCUGAUGGAGGAGAUAAAGGACUACAAGGCACGGCUGACCUGCCCCUGCUGUAACAUGCGUAAAAAGGAUGCAGUGCUUACCAAGUGUUUCCAUGUUUUCUGCUUUGAGUGUGUGAAGACUCGCUAUGACACUCGCCAGCGCAAGUGUCCCAAGUGUAAUGCUGCUUUUGGUGCCAAUGAUUUCCAUCGCAUCUACAUUGGCUGAUCACAGUCAAGAAAGAGGAGCUGGCUAGGCAAGCACUUACUCAUUAACCACCAGGCCUCCACCUCUUCUCCCCAUGACAGUUGGCCAACUCCCUGGCUUCUCAGACUUUGUCCAGGCUUUCCUCUCCAGUAACUAGAGAACAUUAGUGAAAAAGACCUCAAGGCUUAAAGGUUUUAGAAUGAACUAGAAGCUACUGCUGUUUGUCUUCCCUACCAGCUUUGUUUGUGUACUCUUCAGAUUUUUCAGCGUUUUCUUCUUUGGCCUAUUAACUUGGAAAACCCAUUCUUCCUGAAGAAGUCAGGCUUAUAGUUUUGACAUAGAGGAGGGGAUACAGGUAGUGUGAACAAGCUAUUAUGGAGGAGAGAGCUUUUAGAAAUAAGCUUUCUAUGGGCCCAGACUUCUUGAUUUGUGUAGUAAGCCUUUUCUUAACCUAACUUAGGUUAUAAAAUGGUAUAAUUAUGAUAAUCUCUCCUGGAAGGUUUUGAAGCCUUAAUGAAAUUAUAUCCAGGAUAAUUCAAUCCAUUUCCCACUUCUACCAAAGUGACUUUUAGGGUCACUUGUAUUUCUUGAAAAAGUUAUUUAUGUUUUAACUAUUUAGAUAGUUAAUAGCUUUUUUUAAUUUCUUAAGGCCAGAAUAAUUUCAAACUGAUAGCCCCUACGUUUUUUACUGAAAUCAGAAUCAGAACCUAAGAAGCAUCUGAAAUGAGAUUAUGAAGAGAUCUGGGUAGUCUGGAAAUGUGACCCAGGGAGGUAUUGGUGAGCUAUGAAUUACUUUCAUCCUUCUCUCAAGAGGGAUUGCACCAUCCCUGUUUUCCAGAAGAUUCUCAGUAAUGUUUCUAUAGGAUUUUAAUAUAUUCCACAUACUUCAAUUAAAGCAGGACUCAGUUUGUUUUUGUGUUUGUGUGUUUUUUUUGUUUUUUUGUUCAUUUUGAAGUUGAUUUACUAUACCUGCUGUUCCAAAACUGAAUUUUUUAAGAUAAGGUCUCUUGCUAUGUAACCUAGACUGGCCUUGAAUCACAACCAUUCCCCUUCCUCAGCCUUGCUGGAGCUAAGAUUAGGGAUAUGUACCACCAUGCCCUAGUGAAAUUGAUUCUAUUGAACAGAAUUAAUAAAAUUAAAGGACUGGCUGUGUU